AUGGCCAAUUUGGCCAUUAAAAUUUUUAGUGAUAGGCAGUUAUGCCUGAAUAUUCCAUCACUAUUAAUAACACUAUUAAUUAUUUAUACCUCAACAGUUACUGGUGUGGUUAAAAUUGAUUGGACAUCAAUUCCUUCACCUCCUAAGCUUAUACAUGAACCUAAUGAUCCAAUUAUUUAUUUUACUGUUGAGAAUACAAUAUCAUCAAACGCUGAAAUGCUUGAUUAUUUAAAAGAAAGAACAUUAAGAUGUUCUGGAACUGGUAAUCCACCUCCUGUGUAUACAUGGAAAAAAAAUGGUAAACCAUUCAAUCUUGCUAUGUAUAGUGAUCGUAUUGCACAAAAACCAUCCGAUGGAAGUUUUGUAUUCUCUAGAUUGACAGCUGAUGAUGAAGGUGAAUAUCAAUGUGAAGUUUCUAAUGAUAAUGGUACAGCUGUUUCUGAAAAAAUUAUCCUCAGACAAACUUGGAUUCAUUAUUUUCCUAAACAAAGAGCGGAAAUUGUAAAAGUAGAACUUGGGGAACCAUAUAGUAGAAAUUGUACCCCACCUGAGUCAAAUCCACCUGCUCGUGUAUAUUGGAUUUUUAAAGGUGAUGAAGAAGGCUCAUUUGAUUCAAUAAAUAGUUCACACAUUUCAACAAAUGAAGAAGGUACCAUUUUUUUCCAUUAUGUCAAAGAAUCUGAUUUCAAGCCAAACCGAUAUUACACAUGUACAGCCGAAAAUACAAAGCUAAAGGAUUAUAAAUUUGGAAGCCAGUUUUCACUACAAGUUACCACAAAUAGAAGAAGAAGCUUAUCCUCAAACGUUCCACCCGCUGAACAGUAUGUAAAUCAAAGUUCACCAAUUGCACUUAAUGGAAAUACUCAUAAACUUCAUUGUUUCUUUUCUGGAUUUCCCGAACCAAAACCUAAAUGGUAUCACAAUGGACAUAUUAUAUCAGAAGAUAAUAAUGAUGGAUUUUUAUUUGAAUCAUAUGGUAAAACAUUAGUCUUCAAUGUUACUAUGAGUAAAGCUGGUAAAUAUGAUUGUAAAUUUCCAGCCCAUAGUGAUAUUGAUAGAUCUUUUAAUGUUGUUGUUGAAGCUGCACCUUAUUGGCCUGAUCAACCACCAGCAAAUACAAAUACUAGUGAGGGUGAGACAGUUGUUUUUGAUUGUAAAACAAGUGGUAAGCCUCCACCAGUUGUAACAUUUUAUAAAAAUGGUGUUGAAAUGAUAAAUCCUAAAUCAGGAGAAAAAUGGGUUAUUGAUGGUUCUAAAUUAACAAUAUAUGAUGUUAAAAAAGGAAUACAUGGUGCUGGUGAUAAUGCUGUAUACCAAUGUAAAGCUGAAAAUAAACAUGGUUAUUUAUGGACUAAUUUCUAUUUGAAUUUAUUAGCAUUUAAACCACAAUUAUUAGAAGAUUCAGGAGAAGUAGAAGCUGUUGAAGGUAAAGAACUAGAACUUUUCUGUAAAUUUUUUGCAUCACCAAUUGUAAAUAUAACAUGGGAAAGUCCUAAUUUACUUGGAAUUGCACAUGAAAUUAUACCAGUUGAUCCUAAUGGUGUUGGAAAACUUAUAAUAACAAAUGUUAAUGAAGAUUCAGAAGGUGAAUAUAAAUGUAUUGGAAAAAAUAAAUAUGGUAUUGCAACAGGUGCAGCAAAAGUUUCUGUUAGAAAACCAACACAUUUAGCUGGUUUUAAUGAACCAUCACUUGUUCAUAUUGCUGGUGAAGUUCUUAAAUUACCAUGUUCAGCUCACCAUGAUAAUAGACUUGAAGUAAAUUAUGAAUGGUUAGUUAAUGGAAAACCAUUAGAUCAGGAAAGAUUAAAUUCAGGGGCAUAUGAAAUUGAUAGUGAUAAUACACUUAUUAUUAAAAAUCCAACACAAUAUGAUUCUGCAGAGUAUGUAUGUAAUGCUAAUACAAAACUUGAUUCAGCCUCUAAAAGUAUACAAAUAACUAUACAAGAUGUGCCUGCUCCCCCACAUGCUGCCUACAUUACAGAUUGUAAUGAAAAAGAUUAUACUGUCAAAGUUAACUUUGAACAUUUGGAAGAUGCAAAUGUUAUUUCACCGGUUAAAGAAUUUUGGUCACAAUAUUUACCAGAUCCAGAUGUUGAUAAUACAGCUUGGAGAACUCAUCCUGUUCCAGUUUUUGCUGAACAAAAUGAACAUAUUGAAAAUGGACAAAGAAUGGUUCGUGCUUCACUAACUAUCAGUUUAAAACCAUAUGGUCGUUAUGUCUUUAGAGUAAUAGCAAGAAAUGCUGUUGGUGACAGUUCUCCAGUAAAAGUUAAAGGUUCAUGUGAAACAUCACCAAAAGCACCAUUUAGAAAUCCAUCAGGUGUUAAAGUACAAGGAUCUCAACCUGAUAAUCUUGUUGUUUAUUGGAAUGCUAUGCCUCGUGAAGAAUGGAAUGGCCCUAAUUUUGGAUAUGAAAUUCAAUAUAAACCAAAAUCUGGUAAUCAAUGGAAGACAAUUGAAGUAAGUGAUCCAUUUGCUAAUAAGCAAAGUAUUGAAUUUGAUGAAGAUAGACCAUUUGAACCAUAUGAAGUACAAGUUAUUGCAAAAAAUGAAUUAGGACCAGCUAUUGUUUCACCAGAAACUAUUGAAGGUAGGACUGGUGAAGGUGAUCCUGGUGUUACACCAACUAAUUUUAAAUUAAUAAAAGCUGGUUCAACAACUGCCGAAUUUAGUUGGGAUCCUAUUGAUUCUUCCGCUGUUAAUGGAAAUUUCACUGGUUAUCAGAUAACUUAUUGGCAUAUUGAUGAGGAUGAUGAUGAAUAUUUUAGUGACAUGGAAGAUUCUCAUAAAGAAUCAAAAUCUAAAAAACGUCGUUAUAUAAAAAAUAAUCGUAUUAAAAGGUCUUUCAAUGAUGAAUCAUCUUUAAAAAUUCCUAAUAAUAAAAAAACUAUUAUAUUUUCACCAAAAGCUACAAGUGGUACUGUUACUGGUCUUAAACCAAAUGCCAUUAAUUAUGCUCAAAUAGCUGUAUUAAAUGGACAAAAUGCUGGAACUCCAACUGAACCAAUAUCAUUUAGAACGGAAGAAGGUGUACCAACUCCCGUAAGAAGAUUAGGUGCUUAUCCAUUAAAUAAUCGUUCACCAGCAGAAAAUAGUGUAAUAAUGGUAAGAUGGGAUAAGCCAAAGAAUUUACAUGGAAAUUUGCAACAUUAUACAGUUGAAUAUUGUACUAUUGAUGAAGUAUCUGGAAAAGUAUUACAAUGUAGCUCACCUGAAGUUGUUCCAUAUGAUAAACAAGAAAUAAGAUUAACAAAUUUAUUACCAGAUACUAGAUAUCGUAUUAAAGUUUAUGGAAAUACAAAUGCUGGAGAUGGUGCACCAAAUUCAGUUGAUGCAAAAACAUUAUCUGAGGAGGUUGCAAGUGAAUUACAUCCAGAAACACCAACACUUACAAAUAUUAAAGUUGGUGAAGAUAAUAUAAAUCUUACAUUUGUACCUGGUGAUUUUGAUGAAAAUACAAAAAGACCUGUUGGUAAUAGUCAUAUUGUUCAAUAUCGUGAAAAAGGUAAUGAUGAAUGGAUAAAUUUACCUACUAAUGAUGAUUCAUUGGAAGCAAAUAUUAAAGGACUUGAACCAGGUACAAAAUAUGAUGUCCAAGUUGUUGCACAAUAUACAGAUGAAGAUGGUAAUAUACGACAAACACCAUCUAGAAUUCAUCAUAUUCAAACAAUUGGAAGUUCAAGUAAAUUUGGAAGAUUUUGGUGGAUACUUUUAAUAUUACUUCUUAUUUUACUUCUAUUAAUACUUCUUUGCAUAAUAUGCCUUAUUUUACGUCAAAGAGGUCAAAAAUAUCCUGUUUCGGAGAAAGAACGUUUACAAGGAAGGGAACCAAUGUUAGGAAAAGAUAGAAAUUUUGGUGAAUAUGAAAAUGGUACAAAUGAAGAAGGAAGAUCAUUAGCUGGACAUAGUCAAACCGGUUCUGAAACAGAUUCUAUGGCAGAAUAUGGUGAUGGGGAUCCAGGAAGAUUUACAGAAGAUGGGUCCUUUAUAGGACAAUAUGUCCCAACAAAAACUUUAGCCCCAAAUAGUGAUCGCUAG